AUGCCGAACCGCAAGGCCAGCAGAAAUGCCUACUAUUUCUUCGUGCAGGAGAAGAUACCCGAGCUCCGGCGGCGAGGCCUGCCUGUGGCCCGCGUGGCCGACGCCAUCCCCUACUGCUCCACCGACUGGGCGCUCCUGAGUGAGGAGGAGAAGGAGAAGUACGCAGAGAUGGCCCGCGAGUGGAGAGCAGCCCAGGGCAGGGACUCUGCUGCGCCUUUGGAGAAGCCAAAACCCGUCUGCACGCCACUGCGGAAGCCAUGUAUGCUCACGCCCAGGCUGAACUUCUCACCCCCGGAUAUGUCAACCUUGUCUCUGAAAAGUGAACAAGCGCUCCUGGGAAGAAUUUUUUACUUCUUGAACAUUUUCAGCCAUGGCGAACUGCCCCCGCACUGUGAGCAACGCUUCCUGCCCUGCGAAAUUGGCUGUGUCAAGUAUUCCCUGCAGGACGGGAUCACAGCGAUCUUCCACAGCUUCAUCAGUCCUGGUGAAAUUCCUCGAGGAUUUCGCUUUCAUUGUCAGGCUGCAAGUGAUGGUAGCCACAAGAUUCCUAUUUCCAACUUUGAAUCUGGUCAUGACCAGGCAUCUGUGCUACAGAACCUCUAUCGCUUUAUUCAUCCCUUCCCGGGGAAGUGGCCGCCUGUUUACUGUAAGUCUGAUGACAGGGCCAGAGUCAACUGGUGCUUGAAGCAUAUGGCGAAGACCUUGGAGAUCAGACAAGACCUGGAACUUCUCACUGUUGAGGAUCUUGUAGUUGGGAUCUAUCAGCAGAAAUACCACAAGGAGCCCUCGAAGACCUGGGUCCGGAGCCUCUUGGAUGUGGCCAUGUGGGAUUAUUCUAGCAACACAAGGUGCAAGUGGCAUGAAGAAAACGACAUUCUCUUCUGUGCAUUAGCUGUUUGCAAGAAAAUUGCGUACUGCAUCAGUAACUCUCUGGCCACUCUCUUUGGAAUCCAUCUGACAGAGGCACAUGUCCCACUCCAGGAUUAUGAGACCAGCAACAGCGUGACCCCCAAGAUGGUUGUGUUAGAUGCAGGACGUUACCAGAAGCUAAGGUGUGAGAGUCAAGGACCCUGUCUCUUCAGCUCUUCGAGUCAGGAGUCAAGAGCGAACACACCCACUGGUGAUUUUCCAUCAGGGGUGAGACUCUCAAGCCCGAGCAGCAGCAGCAGAAGCAGCGGCCGUGGCCGUGGGAUCACACGCUUGCUGCAGAGCAUCUCUGGGGCCGGCUUUGAGGGUUCUCUCCCUGCCUACACACCCCGAGAGGCCUGCAGCACCCCACGAGAGCGCAUCUGUAUGGAAGUUGCUUUCGAGAUUAAAGUGAUUGUGGUUGGAGAAGGAUUUGCAACAAAGUAUUUGAGGACACAGGGCCAUAAGCUGACGGGUGGUCACAAGGUCCCAGGCUCUGCCUGCAGCUUUGCAGGAUGA